AGAGCGUGAGAGAGAAAGAGGGGGGAGAGCGAGAGAGGUAGAGAGAAAGAGGCAGAGAUAACGAGAGAGUGAGAGAGAAGGGGGAAGGAAGUGCUCCGCUAGCUGACAGCUGUGCGCGGCGGCAGAGCUAACCUGCUAGCUACCUAUCCUCGAACAAAGGAGACAGUAGCCCUGCCGCCGAGCUGUAAGAUGUCAGAAGGAAUCACUGAUGGUUGUUCAUCGGUCGGUGUCUCGUUGCCACUUUCUACCCUGUCUUGGUCUCUCUUGCUCUUUGUGAGUGUGCUGUCUACUACACAGGCAUCAAGUUGCGUGAGGCCGUUCUCCAUCCAACAUGGCCGAGUAAAUGUGACCGAGACGAACAGAGGCUCGUUCCCUGUGGGCACCGUGCUGCAGUACAGCUGUGAUUCGGGCUACACCGUGGACGUACCCAGCAUCAUCGUCUGCACCAGAGAGGGCCUCUGGUCCUCUGGCCCACCACGCUGCCUCCACAAUAGCUACUGUGCCCCCCCAGUAGAGCCAGAGAAUGGGGGUUACACCUGCCACCCAUCCCCAUGCCAUCGUCUGACUCAUGGCACAGUGUUGGAGUAUUUCUGUGACGAAGGCUACAUGCUGAAGGGCGAUUACAAAUACCUCACCUGCCAGAAGGGAGAAUGGAACGGUCCUACGGAGAUCAGCUGUGUGCUCAGUCAAGGUUGUGUGAGGCCGUUCUCCAUUCAGCAUGGACAAGUAAAUGUGACUGAGACAAACAGAGGUUCGUUCCCUGUAGGCACCGUGCUGCAGUACAGCUGUGACUCCGGCUACACCGUGGACGGACCCAGCAUCGUCAUGUGUACCAGAGAGAGCCUCUGGUCCUCGGGCCCACCACGCUGCCUCCACAAUAGCUUGUGCAGUCCUCCAUUUGAGCCAAAGAACGGGGGUUACGCCUGCCAUCCAUCACCAUGCCAUCGUCUCACUGACGGAACGGUGGUGGAGUAUUUCUGUGACGAGGGCUACACACUGAAGGGAGAUUACAAAUAUGUUACCUGCCAGAACGGAGAAUGGAACAGUCCCAUGCAGAUCAGCUGUGUGUUCAGUCAAGAAAAGCAUGCAGCUCCUGUGCUGGGAAUGAAUACUCUGUCCAUUGUGGCCACCACAGCCAGCUCUGUGGCACUUGUCCUUCUCCUAAUGGUGGUGUUCGUGUUACUCCAGCCCAAACUGAAGGCUUUUCAUCAUGGACGGCGUGAGCAGGGAGACUCCGGGCAGCCGGUGACCAUCAUGGUGGAGGGUGUGCAGGUCGCCUUGCCGUCCUACGAGGAAGCUGUGUCUGGAGCCGGAGGUGCGGUUUUGAAUCGGCUCCUACCCCAAACACAACUAGAGUCUAUGGAGCAUGUGUUAACCCAGUCCUCAACAACACAUUCUCAGCACACAGAGAUCUCAGUGGUGCAUCAGCCAUCUUCCUCAUCUUCCUUCUCAUCCUCCUGGAGUUUGGACGGUGCACAGGGAGCAACAGCAGCGUCUUCAGCGUUUCAGUGCCGGAAUCCAGACUCCAGUCAGCAAAACAGUUUACCGUCUCUACACGGCUCUGAACAGAACCUCGCUGAUGACAUUCCCUUAUUAAAGGAUUCCUGAGAGUUUCUGUCACAGCCUCUGUCGUUCAGGCCACAAAGACUGCAGCCGCACAUGCCUGACUGCUGUGAUCUGACUUUGAGCUGCAUCUCUGCAACACAUAGCCCAUCUCAGGUGAUACUGAACUCGACCGACCUGAUGCCCAGCGUGAGCCACCAGUUCUGUCCAGUCCAGAACUUGCAAAUUAUUUACACACGUAUCUUACUUACACACACACACACACACACGUGCACGCACACACGCACUCAGAUCCUUCACAGCUUUUGAUUCCUCUGUCCUUUGACAUGUAGCAAAGACAUAACACUGUACAGAAAGUAAAGAUUUACGAAAGGUCUUUAAAGGAUUUAAAUCUUAUUUUGGUAGUAAACAUAUCGUUUUGAAACACACCCACACAACAAUGUUAUAAAAACACCCAUGGUACCACCUGAUAUUGUGAGUGAUAGAUUCACACUCGUGCUAGCACUGAGUGGCUGUUUGCAUAUUUUGCUUAACUUAAAAAUGAUUUUUUUUUUUUUUAAUCAGAUUGUAGAAUUUAAAGUAGAGGUGCACCGAUACUAAAUUUCUCAACCGAUAACCGAUAGUUCUGCCUUUUAUGCCUUCUUUUAAAUGAAUAAUAAUUAAUUCCACAAUUCUGAAGGAAAAGCAAAUAAAAACUGUAUUCUCUCCAUUUCAACAAGUUGUUUCACAGUAACUGGUCUCAUAAACAGAAAACACAUUACUCUAACAUUAACACUUUAACUCAAUUCUGAAGAUUAAAGUAAGAUUUCUUAACUUAAUAUGAAUUAUUAAAAUUCAAUAACAUUGACUGAACACUAAUAAACCUCCUGUUAGUCUCACAUUCACUCACCAUUAACAAAAGCAUUUCUACUUCAUCACUGACAUCAAACUGGUCAUAUAUAAUAUAAACUUUCUUAUAUAUUAACAUUAACUGGAUAUGAAAUAUACUACUCUACAAAUAUAUUUUUCAACUCAUCUUCAUUGAAAUCUCUCAUCAGUGUACUUAAUUCAGCGCGAGCAACGCGGCAAAAAAAUAAAUUAGACUCAAUGCCGAAACUCCCGCUUCACUGCUGCAGCGUCCGGUGUAAAAGCACUCAUUCGUUAACAUGCAUACGGGAAAAAAAUCCUCAUUUGUAAGUCACUUUGGAUAAAAGCGUCUGCUAAAUGAAUAAAUGUAAAUGUAAAAUUUCAGCAGUGCAGAGCUUACAAACUGCGAUUUUGUCGUCAUCGUCACCCAAUUCAAAGUCAUUCCACACAAGCGACAUCAUCUUUACACACAGCACGAAUUCCAUGUGUUUUCCCACCCUCUUUUGAUUGACAGGAUAUAAUCAGCCCUGAUCAUCGGAUGUUUCUAAACUAGCGGCUGAUUACCGAUUAUCAGCCGAUACGUCGGUGCAUCUCUAAUUGAAAGUGUCCUCACACUCAUGGCUAUUUAAUGGUGUCUGUGGAAAUAAUUUUAUUAAAUACACCCUGCUACAGUAUAACAAGGGCUAUUUCUAUCCUUACAGUGAGCUGGUUUUAUCCCCCAUGUAUUCGUCACUGCCUAGCACUAUUUUAUUUUUUUUUAAUUUUUUUUUUUUUUUUAAAAAGUAAUCUUCUUGUCUGUUUAGCAUGCAUUAUUAUUUAAUUUUUUUUAAUUGACUCUUAAGGCAUGUGACUUAGUGUUUUAAGAAGCUUUAGAGUAGGAUUGAGGUGGUUGGUGAUGUAUGGAAUUUAAAAACCAUGGAUUUGCUCUGAAAGCAUACAAAACACAUUGUAGGCCGUUCAGUAGCGCACCGAUUCAUCUCUACAUUAGCUAUACAUGCAGCGAGGCUCCAUUUCCAUAGGCAUUGGCUGAACGUUACGUUUUCUCAUAGCAUCGUAAAGCUUGAGAGAAUGUACAGUAUCACAGGCUUUUUCACUUUUUUUGUGUGCAUUAGUACAUUUUAAAGAAGAAAAAAAAAGACUUUGAAUAUGAAGUGCUAUUGAUUAGCAUUGUAAAAUUCAUUUUUAAUUCUACGAAGCAAGCAAGUUCCUAACUCCUCCUUGCUUUAACGAAGAUAAUCCUGAUAUCAUCGCUGGUGCAAAUGUCGGAUAAUUUAAUGUAAAUUUGAUUUAUUUAAUACCAAACAAGUGAAGUCCUGUACUGUAUAACAUCUGUUUUUCAUUUUUGGAAAAGAAUGAUGUUACUUGCCAGGUAUAGGAUUAAAAAAAAUUUUUUUUUUAUUUAUCUCUGCAUUGUAAAUAAUUGUUUCUGAUUAAAUAUCAUUUCACCUA